AUGAUAAUAGGCAAAGAGGGAUGUGUCAUUCAAAACACUGAAGUGAAAACCGCAGAAAAUGAAGAGGCUUAUCUAGAGAUUGAGAAUAAAUCAGUGCUAGAGGCUGAAAACUCUUCGCCACGUAACAACAAAGAAGGAGCUUUAGCAACAAUGGUUUUAACGGAAUCUGAAGAUGAAGUAAUGAAGACCGAACAACAAAAAUGGCAAAACCCAAACUACUUCAAAUACCCAUGGCAAGAGUAUCUCUUCAUCUUCACUUGUAUGAUAAGUCAGCUCCUAAACCAAUCAGGUACCACGCAAACUCUUUCCAUUAUGAAUAUACUUGCAGAUAGUUUUGGGUCAGAUACAACCUCAAGGUCAUGGCUGAUGGCAUCUUUCCCACUAGUCUCAGGUUCAUUCAUUUUAAUUAGUGGCAGACUCGGUGACAUAUACGGGUUAAAGAAUAUGCUGUUGAUAGGAUAUGCUAUGAUUAUCAUAUGGUCUUUGAUUUGUGGGCUCACCAAAUAUUCUGGUAGCGAUACUUUUUUUAUUAUCAGCAGAGCUUUUCAAGGGCUAGGAAUUGCAUUUAUUUUACCAAACGUGCUAGGUAUUAUCGGAAAUAUCUACAUCGGUGGUACAUUUCGUAAGAAUAUUGUGAUUAGUUUCAUAGGCGCGAUGGCGCCUAUUGGUGCAACUUUGGGUUGCUUUUUUGCAGGGUUGAUUGGUACUAUGAACCCAAACCAGUGGCCUUGGGCCUUUUAUGCAUACACCAUAACAGCAGCCAUCAAUCUAGCACUCUCCAUAUACGCCAUUCCCAAUAAUAUACCAACAAAUAUCCAUCGAUUUUCUAUGGAUUGGAUUGGAUCUAUUUUGGGUGUAAUUGGUCUUAUUUUAUUGAAUUUUGUAUGGAAUCAAGCUCCUAUUUCAGGUUGGAACCAGGCUUAUAUUAUUGUGCUUUUAAUCAUUUCUGUUCUUUUCCUCGUCGUGUUUGGCGUUUAUGAGAUCCAUUUUGCCAAAAGUCCGUUAUUGCCUCAAGCUAUCAUGAAGGACCGUCAUAUGAUUCAAAUAAUGUUAUCCUUGUUCUUUGGGUGGGGUUCAUUUGGUAUCUUCACGUUUUAUUAUUUUCAAUUUCAGUUAAAUAUAAGGCACUACACGGCCUUAUGGGCUGGAGGUUCUUAUUUUAUGUUCUUGAUUUGGGGUAUUGUUGCUGCUUUACUCGUUGGAUUUUCCAUUAAAAGAGUAUCGCCAUCAGUUUUUUUGUUUUUUGCCAUGGUUGCAUUCAAUGUUGGCUCGAUAAUGGCCAGCGUUACACCAGUUCAUGAGUCGUACUUCCGUACUCAGAUGGGGACAAUGAUAGUUUUGAGUUUUGGAAUGGAUCUUUCAUUCCCAGCUUCUUCCAUCAUCUUCAGUGAUUACUUGCCUAUGGAAUACCAAGGUAUGGCGGGAUCAUUGGUGAAUACUGUUGUCAACUAUUCCAUGUCAUUGUGUCUUGGUAUGGGUGCCACAGUUGAAAUGCAGCUUGACCCAGAUGGGAAACAUAUUCUGAAGGGUUAUAGAGGUGCUCAAUAUCUCGGGAUAGGAUUAGCCACUUUGGCAUGCAUAAUUAGCGGGCUUUACAUGGUCGAAAGCUUCAUAAAAGAUCAUAGGACGAAAGCUGUCGCGAAAGAUAAUUGCGGCAUGAGCUAA